UUUAUGAGAGCACACAAAGCUGCACAACAUCACACUCUGAGCUACAACCCCGCUCCUUCACCUCUCGUGAGCCGACCUCUAAAAAUUGAAGAUGGGGAAAAUUAAUGGAUGCCUCAAGUGCCUUUUUAUCUUCUUCAAUGUGGUGUUUGUGAUCCUGGGAUGUGGGCUCAUUUACUUGGCAGUACGUGCGACUGCCAUGAGCAUCCAGCAAAUGUCAUCAGUUGGUGUGCCAGGUGUGGGCUGGAUAUGGGUGGUCGCCAUCGGCAUCCUCGGCAUCUCUUCCCUGGGAAUCUACGCUGCCUGCUCCGAGAAUGAACUCGCCCUCAAGAUAUUUGCGGGCUUCAUGGGGAUCGGAAUGCUCAUCAUGCUGAUCUUUGGCAUCAUCGUAGCCGUCCAGAGAAACCAGAUAAAGUCUGCCUUCCAAAGUACCUCCAAUGAACUAGUGGUGCCCUUCAUGAAAGACGAGAACUUCAAACAGAUGCUUGAUGCGAUGCAGUCAACUUUCAAAUGCUGUGGAAUAGUGAGUGCUGAGGACUGGGGUAAUGAAAUCCCUGUCUCCUGUGACUGCAGUUCCUCAAAUACCGGAUUAGGAACGUAUGACAAUUUUGGAUUUGGCUCGUCUGGAUGCAAAUCUAAGCCACAGGGAGCCUCAGGCCCAGCUAAAGUCUAUGACCAGUCCUGUGGUGACGUCAUCUUCUCAGUGGUGGAUAUCUUCUUCAAGGUCGCCAUGGGCUUCUUGUUUGGAUUUGCUGUAACAGCUCUGCUGGGCCUGCUUAUCACCCUCUUCAUGAUCCAUCAGGUCAAACGCAAUGACAAUGGAGGAUCCAUUGCUAUGAAGAGCUACUGAAACAAGACGCCACGCACCUGUGUCCUCUGACCUUUAACCUCUACACUGAGUUAGGCUACAGCAAGAAGACUCAACAGACAGGAUGUGACCUCUUUUUUUAAACUUUGUUUUAUGAAAUAUAAAAUUAGAGCGAGGGAUGGAAGCAGGAGGCAGACAGUGAUGCCGCAUGCUGCAGGAUUUUAUUCUUCCAGCUUUCUAAUGUACAUAGUAUAGCUUGAAUAUAUAAAAAGUAUAGCUUGACAUAUUAUAGAAAAUAAUCACCUCUGUUAACCCGAGGAGGCCGGACUGCAGGAUCAUAGAUUUUACUGGUUGCAGUAAAAAAGAAAAAAUCUCCUAAAGUUAACUGAAAAACAUGAUGUGCUGUUCUGUCCUCGAUUACGACAUUCAAACAUUUUAAACUUGCCAUAACAGAACGACCUGAGGCUCGUCGGCAUGUGACCGUACAGAGCGAAAAAAGCAGAAAGCUCCUGUUAUUCAAAGAAUUACAUAAAAAUAUAGAAGAAAUAAAAACGUAACACUAAGUAUAAAAACCUUCCUAAACUUUCUAAAAAAAUCCAAUUUAAAUAUGCACUGAUAUUAAUGCAGCAUCACUUCGAUCCCCUGGUUAAGAAACAACAAAUAAAAGAAAGGAUGAAUCUGUGUUUAUUGUUCAAAUUAAAGUCAGAACCUUCUCGGGUUAAAAUGAUAAAGUCUGAUUGGCCUCUAAGCUGUCACAUAAAUGUGUUAGUAAAAAAUAUAUAUAACACAAAUAAUUCAUAUAAUUUUCAGAAGUAUAUUUAUGUAUGUGUGAAGCACUUAAGCCAAAGUUAAAGCUGAAGACUUUUAUUUUGUAUUUCUGAAUUAGAAAAGCAGACGUGACACUGGCCACGUGAGGUACAGCCGGGUACACGGACUGUGUGUACUGGAAAACAUGUCACCUGUGUCACUGCAAUCAUUCAUGAUAAGAAGCCAAAAAGAACCAAACACAGCUCAGGGUUACAAGCUUUCAGAUCGCCCGCGACAGUAAACUCCCCUCUGUCAUUAAAAUGAAAAGGAAGGGAAGCGUUGUUGUGAAGUCUGCACUCAUAUCAUUCCAAAAUAAACUCCAGAGAAUGAAAACUCCCCAAA